AUGUAAUAACAAAAAGUGCUCUUUGGAAACAAGUAGAGUGUUUACCUUUCCUAAGUUUGCUUCCAGGGUACUAAAUACAGAUUAUAUUCAACUUCUGAGUACAAUUAUGUAGUAAAGGUAUAUGACAAUGGGUAGGAGAAAGUAAUAACUUAAAUUAUGAAUUAUAAUUUAGUAUUUGAAUACUGAAUUACAAGCAGUUCAUAUUUUCAAAGAUUAUGGAAACAACAACAUUGCAAAAGCCCUUGAAGGGGAUCUACAAUAAAAUAUUAAAGUAAUAGUAUUUGAAAAAGCUGAAGUCCUCCAAAAUAUUUUGAAGGAUUCACAAAAAGGUUUAGAGGAACCUCAAGUCCUAAAAGUAAGCAGAAAAAUAAGUGUAGAUCUUAUUAGAUUUGAGCAAAGGAUUAAAACAAUGUCAUAGUUUAGGCAUCACUCAUCGCGAUAUCAGACCUGAAAAUGUACUGAUUGGAUUAGACAAAUAAGCUAAAUUAUGGAACUUUCAACGCUGCUUUUUUUAAGUAUCAAAUAAUAUAAUAGAGUAAUAUGAUUAUUUGCCAUAUGAAUACAUUCCUAAAAUUAAAGAAGAAAUUGAAGCCAAUACUUUUGAGCAUGUCAGAGCCCCUGAAUAAAAGGAUUUUUCAUAAAGAUGGCCAAUUACCAAAAAAGUUGACAUCUACGCAUUAGGAUAAUUAAUGUAUUACAUUCUAUUUAAAGUUCGCUAUGAUUAAAAUCCCAAUUGGGUAAAAAAGUAUCAAUUUUAAAAUAUUAGUCCGAAAUGGGGUCUUUAUAGUAAUAAAUUAUAAGAUUUAAUCAAACUUUUAUUGAUUCCUAAUCCAAAGGACCGAUUGAGUGCAGAAUAAAUUGAAGAAUACAUUCACACAUACCUAAUUAACUAGAAGUAUAAAUAUAAAAAUUAUCAGUCCUGUUCAAUCUCAAAUUCAUAUUAGAAGUCUAUCAACAAAUGAAAAAAUGAAUCGAGAAAUUGUUACUCAAAGGAAUGAAAAUGGUAAAAUCAAUUAAUUGGAAUUAAUUGAUUUUCAAUAACCCUCUUCAUCAUCACUAUCAACUAAAUUUGUUAAAUUAGUCAGUAAAGUAGCCUAAAAAACUGAUUUUUGGGUUGCUGCAUGUUUGGAAGAAGUUGAUGCCGCUCCAAAUUAAAAAUAUUUCCGCUAUCUUCAUGUCAAAGCAUGGUAGAAGAAAGCCAAAAUUCCAAAAUUUUAUGAAAAGCUAUCCAACAGAUUACAAUUAAAUUCUGUUAUCGUAAGUUUUAAGGCUUUAUUAUUAUUACAUAAUUACUUGAAAAAAGGACCUCAUGAAGCUCUAUUAGUAACUAAUUAAAAUUCGUCACCUCUUGCUAUAUUAGAAAAAAUCAAAAAUUUUUAAGAAUCCAACAUGGCUAAAGUAUCAAAGGAUAAAUUUCGAUCUCAGUUUUUUUCUAAUUUAUUAUACAGUUAUUCGCUUAUUUUAAUAGAAAAGGUUAAAUUCCAUUAAUAUUACUUAAAAUAUUUUGAAGGUAAUUUUGCAAUGGUCCCAUUUUUUAAUAAUAUGAAUUCUAAGGAUAAAUUAAAAUUAAGUAUUGCAAUUUUAAAUAAUUUGAUUAAUUUGUGGAAACAGUUCAAUACAUUCAUUAACAGCUUUUCAAUCCAAAAGUCCUCCCUCUAUAACUUAUAAUUAGGAUUUGCAAUUGCUAUGGCAGAUGAAUUAUACAACAUUUUAUGUACAUGCACUCACAUAUAUUAUGCUUUAAAAUAGAGCACUAAUUAUAUUAGUGGGGCGCCUUCUUAAAAUAAUGAAAUAAAAUAAAUCUUCACCUAGUUACAAGAUGAUUAUCAAAACAAUUUUUAAAAUACAACAUUGUUUUUUCAAUCAUGCAAAUAGAUUCCUUAAUUUUAUUAAAUAAUACCUGACCCUCCAAGAAGUGUAAUUGAGACUUUGAAAAAAGUACCAUUUUUUCAAUCUAUCAAAGGAGAAUUUAAUAUUUAUGAUUAUCUAAGCUAUUCUAUGUCAAUUGAUGGAAUUAAGCUACCAUAAAGUUAUGGUGAAAUUAUGAGUACGUAAGUGAUGGAAUAUGAUGAUGAAGUUGUAGAAUUGAAUCCAAGAAAUGAAAAGUUUGCAACAUAAUAUCCAAUUAAACCAGUAUUAUCAGUAUAACCUUAUUGUGAAAGAGUGAAUAAGUUCAGUUUUGAUUUAGAUCCUAUUGUAAAUAAUUCUUCUAAUGGUGUUAAUAUAUUAUAAUAGCAAUAAUAAUAAUAGUAAUAAUAGUAAUAAUAAUAGUAGUAAUAAUAAUAAUAAUAAUAAUAACAACAAUAACAGUAAUAGCAAUAAUAAUAAUAGUAAUAAUAAUUACAAUAGUAAUAAAUAUAAGAAACUUAAUUUAUAAAUCAAUUGCUAUAAAAUUAAUAAAAUUUAAAUAAAAAUACAGAAUAUAAAAAGAAAUAAACUAAACAAUAAUAAUAAGGGUCAUAUUUAUAUUAAGGUUUAGAAUUUUCAGAUGACGAUGAAGAGCAACAUAAUGAAGAUGAGACAGAGCAAUUCCCAAAUAAACCUAAUGAAUAAUAAUAAAAUAACUUAAGAGCACCAUUAGCUAAUUAAAAUGUUAAAUUAACAAAAGAAUUGUUAAAUGAUGAUGAAUUCUUGAAUUGGGGAGAAAAAAAGAAUGGCUCAGAUAAAUAUAAUGGUAUUCAUUAGAAUUAAAGAAUUUAAUCAGCAAAUUCUUAACCAAUAAAUAAUAACUAUUUCGAUUAAUUGAGUUAACUAAAUCAAAAUAAAUAAAAUAAUAGAAUUUCUUAAUAAAAAGUAAAUCUAAGUUAAUAACUAUAGUUAUAAUAAUAAUAAUAAAAUAAUUUUUAAGUAGUAGAUUAUUUUUAAAAGUAGGGGAGAAGUAAUUUAAUUUUCAUCAUAUUUUAGACGUAUAAGAAUGGAUGAUUAAUCAUGAUCAAUUAAAAUUGGAAAGAUUAAUUGGUACUGGAAGUAGUUGUGAGGUAUAUAAAGGAUAUUGGAGAGGAGGUGAAGUGGCAAUAAAGAAAAUGAAAAUAAAGUCUUUGAAUGAAAAUCAUUUAAAGGAAUUUAGACGAGAGAUAUCCGCUUUCGUAACAAUUCAGAAGCAUAAUAAUUUAGUCUAAUUGAUGGGAAUAUCUUAAAAAGAGGAUGAGCUAUAUAUUGUAACAGAAUUUUGUGCAGGAGGAACAUUAUUUGAUUUAUUACAUAGAAAAAAACAUCUAGAUGUUAGUUGGUAGAAUAGAGUUAAAAUAGCAUUGUAAAUUGCAGAAGGAAUGUUACAUUUACAUAAGUUAAAUCCCCCAUUGAUACAUAGAGACUUAAAAAGUUUAAAGUAAAUGUAUCUCUUAUGAUAUAUUAGUUUACUAUUAGAACAGACAUAUGAUUAAUCUAAAGUGAAUAUAAAGAUAGCCGACUUUGGUCUUGCAAGAGUUUAGGCUGAUAAUGGCGAGAUAAUGACAGGAAUAUUAGGAACAUUUGUAUAUUAUAUAAUUUUAAUGGUAGCAUUGGAUGGCCCCUGAAGUGUUUUAGAAUGUACCUUAUACUAUAAAAGCAGAUGUUUAUUCGUAUGCAGUAUUAUUUUUUUUAAACUGUUAGAUAGUGUUAUGGGAAAUUUGUUGCCGAGAAACUCCUUAUAAAUCAUUAUCUACAAAUCCUCCUGCUAUAAUGAAAUUAGUAACUGUUGAUCAUGGAAGACCAGAUCUAAACUUAAUUCAGUUAGGAUGUCCUUUGUUUUUAAAAGAUUUGAUGACCAAAUGUUGGGAUCAAGAUCCGAAUAAAAGACCAUCGUUUUAAGAAAUAACUUAAUACUUGCGUGCAUAAUUAUGA